CACUGGCUGAAAACAGAAUACAAUACUUGGUGUAUCGCUGUGCUGGACGUGUCGUGCAUAGUAUGCGGCGUUUGUAAGGUUUCCUCCAGUGUAUUUUUCUUGAAAUUAGUUAGAGUUGUACACAAACUAAGGCAAAAAUGGCAGUGCAGUUCCAACCCUCGUUCAUCCUUCACGAGAAGUUUGAAAAAUUGACCUUCUCCAGAUAUGAGUCGCAAUCAUCAGUGGACAGUAUGUCCUGCCCCUCCACUCCAUCAACCCCCACCAGUCCCAUAGACUACGAAAUUCAAUUUGCGACUGAAGAAGACAAAGAACCAAUCCGAAACUUCCUACAGACAUUCUUCUACAGAGACGAGCCCCUUAACAGUUACUUAAAACUGAUAACGGAAGAAAAACCUCGUUGUAUAGACCUCGAAAACUUCUCUUUGAAGGAAAUUAACAAUGGUAUCAAUCUAAAGGCAGUCUACAAUGGAAAAAUAAUUGGAGUUUCAUUGAACGGGAUAUUGGAAAAGGGAUGGAUCAAUAAACCCGACACGUUUAAAUGUAAAGAUGAGAAAUUUAACAUAAUUCUGGGCCUUCUGGAUCAUGUUGCUAAAGACUCUGAUCCUUUUAAGAAGUUCCCUGACUGUGACAAGGCUAUGACGGUAAAAAUUUUGUCUGUGGAUGGAACCUACAGAGGAAAGGGUAUAGCUAAGGAACUGAUGGCUAAAACUAGAGAAAUUGCAAAGGAACACGGAUGUGGUUUUAUGACAGUAGACUGUACAAGUCACUUUACAGCCUGUGCGUUGAAGAAAUUGGGCUUCGACCUCCACUACUCUCUGAAAUAUUCCGAUUACAAAGUUAACGGAGAAGUUGUAUUAAAGCCUGCAUCUCCCCAUGUUGCUGUUACCGUAUAUACACAAAAAAUCGAUUAAAAAGUAUAUUAAAAUUUAAAAACCAUAUAGAAGUCAUAUCCAAUCAACAUACAGUCAAGAUAUCCCUAUUAAUGAUUCUUCUAUCUGAUAUGCUAUUAUCAGUAAUAUAGCAGAUAUGAUUUAUUAUUUCGCAAUUAGCCAAAAGUAUGUGCCAAAUUGCUUUAUACAAAUGUAAAUCAUAAAAUUCGUUCAAUUCCAGAUGAAUGGAACAUUUUAUUAAAAUGUAAUAAUAAUCGUGCAAUGUCAUUUUUAACACAUAGGAAAUAGUCAAAAUGUUUCAACGUUAUACAUUUGUCAGUAAGAAUUUAAAAUUAGAAAGUCGUUUUUGAUUAUAAAAAAUUAUAGGACACUUAUAUCUGUUUACGGUUCCAUCUCAUGUAAAGCGAUUUCAUGGAACAGGGGAUAAUGUACAUUGGAAAACUUGUAAAGGACAAAUAUUUUUAAUUUUCCAUUAAUAUUCAUUGUAAAACAUUUGGGUAUGUGGAAAUAGUUACUCAACAUUUAGUUACAUGUUGAAUUAUUUGUGAUAAAAAAUGAAAGUAAUUUCAUAAAAAAUAUGUUUUCCAGCAUUAGUUAAAAAACUUUUUUUUCUUAUCGUCUAAGUAAUAAUUAUUUCAUACAAUUUCCAUGAAAUUAAGUAAUCCGUUUUUAUUUGUAUUCUUAAAGAGAUAAUAUGUUACUAAUUGCUGUAUUAAACAGCAGUAAAUACAAGUGCACAAAAACAUACUGUAAUGCAGAAUUUAUUCAAGUAAUGAAACUUUUUUCUUAAUUAUUUAUUUUUACAAAAAUUAAGCACCAAGAAAAAUAUGUUUUAAAAUUCUAUAAAGCACAAACUCAUCUAUAAAUUAAGUGGGUGUUCAAAAUUUAAAAUUUUACGUUCAAUUAGCAAUUUAUUGCAUAAUACAAAACAUUCCAAUUUUUUUCUAAUUUUUCUAAUUUGGUACAAAUUACGCAGUAUUGGUCCCAGUGCGUAGAAAGUGAAAGCAGUUAUUGACUGAUGACACCUUACUCUAAAUAAGUGAUUGUUGUACAUGUGACUGAGAAAGUCAAAUAAAUGUAAAUUUUGAAGUACAAAUCGUAGAUAGUUUUUAGUGAUUAAGAACAAUUUAUAAAAUUUGUUACGUUUUGCUAUUCUAAGUGUAAAAUGUGUUACAUAUAUAAAUAAAUUUAUGUUAUUUAUA